CAGCAACACUCUUCUCCCUCGAUAUGCAGACGGAUCUAUCAGGCAGUCAUCGUACAGCAGACGCAACCGGCCCCAGAAGAGAAACGGAAAGAAUGCAGACAGCGCGAAACGACUUGAUGGCGACAGAGCUCCUGGCGAACUCGCAGCAUGACCCCGCGACACCAAAAUCAUUUCGCAGGGACUGAUGAGCCCUGGGAGACUCCGCAGUAUCAAGUCCGAGAUACCAUACGCGCACAGCAGUAUUGCAUAAUGUCGCUUGAUUGAGCCGGAAAGAUCGGCUUCAAAGCCGCUCCGUCCACAGACAAAGGUGUGUUUUUCAUCAUAUCGCAUUCCCGAGAUGUCCAUAGAGUCUAUUGGCGACUAAAAAGAGAUCAUUAAUCGCGCAGCAGACUUUAGGAUAAUUCAAUCGACGAGGAGUAGGAGCACGACACCAAGCGUGUCCAGUCGCACGAGAAUACCCAUGUCACUGUUAUCCGCUGUUUGACGAGCGAUAAAAGGUGCAUACGACGAAAGGACUGUAUACUACAGCCGGCGCCGAACACAUACAUUUCACCUACGAUUUGUGGGAAACGCCGAGGCACAGAAGAGGCCCAAAAGACGCACAAACCGAUAGUAUCUGCUACAAGUAGUUCAAGCUACCCCCUUAUGCGCCGAUGAAAAAAGCAGGUACGUCUCAAGUGGCAAUAUUGAUGGCACCCACAGGCGAAACCGACAGUCAUACACCCAGUACUUGUCGAUGGCACCCACCCCUCGUAAAUAUGACUGAACAGAUUGAAGCAGAACAAAGUAACAUCACAGAAACUCAUCACUCAUAAUACGUCUCUUCAACGUCGGUCGGAAUCUGAAUCUCCACACCAUCCAAUUUCCCAAAACACCUCGAAUCUUUCCCACGCAGACGCCACAACCACUGCCCUGACAACUAAACCAGCUCGCAACCCUGACACCGUACCUUAGAGAUUGGCAGUAUGUUUGUAUCUGGUUUUAACGUCUAAGUUUGAUCAGUCUCUUACAACGUAUAUACCUGGUACAAAAAAGCAUAUGAAGAGGAGCAGAUAACCCGACUCAGCGGUACUUGGCGUUUAAGUAAUCGACCGAUGAACAUAAACAAGAAAAAGUCAAAUUUUCGCAAUUCACGUAGUGGUGAACGGCACAGGAAAGUCAACCGUGACUGAAUGUUGAUAUUGUAACGAUUACACCGCUAAAAAGGAGAAAACAGAGAUCUGGCGCGCUGCCGAUGCGACCCCCACGACGCCCUGUCCCAGUACACUCUUCUCUCCACCCCACCCGAAUGAUAGCUCUAUGUCCGCGUUUCAUGUCCAAUGCAGGUUCUCGCGCUACGCUGAAUAACAAACAAUGGGAGCAGACACAAUAUCUCCAUACCGAAAAAGCAAUCAUUCCGGCGCGGCCUGCAUAUGGUACAACAAGUGUUGUUUUCGACACUGAACAGCCGUACAAAAUAUACCCACCAAGAGUUCUAUCACUUCUGAGCAAUCUCAAUGUGUGUAUUUGGGGAUUUGAGCUGAGGUAGGUAGAGAAGUCUGCCUCAUCAUGCUCACGCCCACGUAGCAGAAAAACCAACGGCGAUUCAUUCUCAGAGCCUAUUCCCCCCAUUUCAGCAAUAGGCUUCUAUACUGUACUCUUGUCUCUAAUUCCCAUCGCUCCCUCGCGGCGAUAUCCUAAGAACCCCCUCCCGCCGCAGCGGCCAAACAGUUGACAUGCUUUACAAAAAACUGACGAACGAUGGCCUCGACGGUGUGGAAGCCUGGAAGAGGAAGCAUAGACUCCUUGUGUCUGACCUAUUGCUAUAAUUGGGAAUGGAUGACAGACCGGCCGCCGCGAUGACAGCAGCAUGGGGUGUCUUGGUAAUCCAACCCGGCGCGCAAGGGUCGUAAAGUUCUUCAAGACCGCCGGGCACUGCCAUGCAGCCAACAGCAACUUAAAAGUGUACAGACGCCGUUCCAGCAAACACAUAAUGGUAGAAUAAAGCAAGCAUGUUCC